GAGGUCUCCCGAGUAUGCAUUAGUAUGUUACUGUCUUUCAAUCUGUGUUUUGCUGGAAGAUUCGUUCAGUCAUGCUCGACCGAGGCCUCAUAGAAUACAGAGACUUGGACCACGGCGAGCAUGAGCCGAAGCUCUCGUGAAACUGCUGGUACUAGCCCCGGUUGGUCCCAGGCGGCCUAUCCGUAGCCUUGGGUGUGGGAGCUUGGCCCUUGGACCCAUGUAUACUUCCUGGGCUUUAAGCACCGGUCCCCCUUCCGGCCCCGUCCAUUCCAAAGACCCUCGCUCUACAACUUGCUCAAGUAGUCUCUUUCUUUGUACGCCAUGUUGAAAGUUCUUGCGUCGAGGGCGCCACGCGCCCUAGGACUGGCGACAAGAUCGACACUCCCACCGACCAACGUUCGAUGCAUAGCAACUACCACCAUCUUCCAAAAGGCUGUCUCUCCACAUCCAACUCGUCGCGAAGUUGCUCUUCCUACACAGUCUCAGCCGAAAUCCUUGGUGGAAAAUGCCGUAACGACGCUCGACAAACUUGCCAACUGGGGUCGUCAGUCAUCUAUGUACCCAAUGACAUUCGGCCUCGCAUGCUGCGCCGUAGAGAUGAUGCACAUCGCCGGCCUACGAUACGACCAAGACCGAUUCGGCUUCAUGUUUCGAGCAUCAUCGCGCCAGUCAGACGUAAUGAUCGUCGCUGGAACUGUGACGAAUAAAAUGGCUCCCGCUUUCCGCCAAGUCUACGAUCAGAUGCCGGAACCGCGUUGGGUCAUUAGUAUGGGGAGCUGCGCUAACGGCGGGGGGCAUUACUAUUAUAGUUAUUCUGUAGUCCGGGGGUGUGAUCGCCCGGUGCCGGUGGAUAUCUAUGUUCCUGGGUGCCCGCCGACAGCCGAGGCGCUACUUUAUGGGAUGAUGCAACUACAGUGGAAGAUGCGGCAGGGACGAAAGUCGAGAAUGCGGUAUCGAAAAUGAGCUCGACAAAGAUUCCCAUUCAUCUGUUAUGUACAGUUGAUAGUUGCCGUUUCUCUCAUCUCAUUGAUGGGCAGGAAGAAAUAGAGCUUGUCAAGUACAUGGCUUUGGUGUGAAAUGCAGCAGAGGUCUUACAACCUCGAUGGCUUCGACUUUCAGAUGAAGUGGAAAGGGUUCAUAUAAUCCAAAGUUGGCUCAUCUACCAUCUACCACAUCAUGAGUUGGAUG